CUUGAUUCUAUUGACGAAAGCACCGCUGAUUUCCGCCAGGUACACUCACUCCACUCGCCGGAGGAAUUGUUAUGCAGUCAGUGGAGUACCGUAUACCACAGAGCAACGAACAGAUCCGCGAUGAAUCUUAAAUCACCACUCUAAAACAGGUGAUAUCUUAACUGAUAGGUGAUAUCUCGGUACUAACUUUGGAUUGCUACCGAUCUUUAUGAACAGUUUGAGGAAUACCGACUGAAGUAAAGCAACUCAUGAAAGCCGUGAAGCCAACGUAGUGAGAAAGAAUUGAAAUAUAUCUGUUCGUCUGAUAACCCUGGCCAGCCGUAACCAUGGAAAUGGAAACAUCACGGGAAACAUCUCCCAUCCUGUCUCCUAGCAACGCUUCGUUAAACGGAACGGGACCUCAUUCCUUGUCUUUGAACCACACGGAACCGGCGAAAAAUGGCGACGAAAAAUAUGAAGAACUGGAUGAGCCAAACGACAGUCAAAGUGGCAAUGGUUUGAAUGUGUGGCAGGCCGUUCUGUUUAUCACCGGUCUUCUCGUUGAUUACUCUCUUCUCGCUGUGGAAGCUUUGGUCGUCAAUACAGGCUGGAUUGGCCUCUUUCUGGCGACUGUUCUAUGUAGCGUGAUUGUCUUCACCGCGAUACUGAUCGGCCGUUGCUGGAACAUCGUACGGGGAAGAUGGCAGAAUGAGCGGCAUCCUUACGGAGCUAUCGGCUAUGAGGCUUUCGGGUCAUGGGCAAGGACCGCCAUUAAUGUGAUCGUGGAUAUCUGCUGUUUUGCUGUCACUACUGGCGUUCUGAUGGUGACAGCAGAGAAUCUCUUCGUGCUCGGCGGGCAGGCGCUUCACGGCAAAUAUUGUCUUCUCCCGGUCGUGAUUGCCGUGGUCGCCUGCCCGUUCAUGUGGCUUGGGACUCCCCGGGAUCUUUGGCAAUUGGGUGUAUGGGGCGCUCUGACUGGUACCCUAGUGUACCUGCUGCUAUUCAUCGGCGCAAUCGUCGACGACGAAGACACGGAGGCCGAUACCGACUACUCCAACGUCACCAAUGUUACCGUAGGUACGCCCUCUAACGUUGGACAUGUACGCGGUACUUUGCUACACAGUACUGUGCUGGUGCAUCUGGCGGAGAUUUGCGGAAUCGUCCAGGUCGCCCUUGGUAUACAUUACAUUGCGCCGGGUCUCCAGCGCGACAUGAAACGGCCGGAGAAAUUUACCAAGACUGUCUGUGUGUCGUUUGCAUACACAUUUGCUUUAGCUAUACCUGUUCUGGUUGUAACAUACGUCUUUCAGCGAGAUCGUCUAGCUUACGUGACAGCCGACACCACCGUUCUUGCCGUGCUGACCCCGGGGCCGCUGUCUGUUGUCGCUGCUGCGCUGUUUCUACUCCGUAGCGUUAUGGUGCUAGUCAGUAGCAAUAAUCCACUCUUCCAAUCACUGGAGGAAAGACUAGACAUUCCUUCAGAGUUUACGUGGAAGCGAGUGGUAUUGCGGACUGUCGUGUUUGUCAUGCAGCUCUUGGUUGGCGAGACUAUACCACACUUUGGAGUCAUCUUUACCCUGCUGGGCGGCAUCUGCUUCCCCAUCCUUGUCCUCAUGGCUCCCGCUAUGUGUUACCUACGGCUUCGCAACAUCCACACGCCUGAGAAAUACAAAGAAUCCAAGGCUAUAUGGAUACUGGAAACAGUCGUCUGCUGGCUGAUUAUCGUGAUCACUCCCAUCAUGGCGGUGAUAAUACUGUACGUAAUGGGAGCAGGCAUAUUCCAAGGAAAAACAGUCCUCACUGUUCCAUGCUUCAUCAAUGCCACAUUAGCUCACGAAUAAAACAGAACGCUCAAUUUAGUUUUAAACGUAAAACAGGUAUUUAAUAAGGGAAUAAAUGUGUGCUCCGGAGGUUUUUAUCACUCUGUUUAAUACCACUUAGAGUCUGGGUGCUGAUAAUUACCCGGUAAAAAAAAUAUCAUAUAAUUCGUUCAAAACAUCCCGA